AUGGGAGCGGCACUGUACCUCGUCAACAAUCUUUCCCAACCAGCGCUUCCUCAGGCUGAAUCAUCGAAAUCGUGCUCUCCAAACUCCAGUGCCUCGUCGAGGUACUUGUCAUUGUCAUCCCAAGCAAAGCCUGCCGGCAAAUUGGACUGUACACCAGCACCCAAUCCUAUCACUCACCCAAGCUCAGAAAGAUCAGGAGCGAUAGAAGUCAUAAGCAGAACUGACUCAUCACAAUUGACUGGACUUCUCUCGACUACUCACAACCAAGACCUUCGCUUCUCAUGUCCUUCCACCAGUCGCAGGUUACUUCGUCACAGUCUUGUCCUACUGCCCCCAACACAGCCAGUCCACAUUGCAUUAUGGCCUGUCACUGCGAUCCUUGCAUUUCGUGCGGCGACAUCACUAGACAUGUGCAUGGAGCAACCGAAACUUGCCUUUAUGAAUAUCGACCUGCAGUAUGCACCUUUGAAUGGACAAAUGGAACCCUUUAUUAGUGUGGCUCGCCGAUCGUCAACCGACAUGCCAAAGCAAAAUCUUGUGCUCGAUGCAAUUGAUUUGGAUUGGUCGCAGAGACUGUACAUCCCACCUGAGACACAUCCUACAUCAUCAGGAUUGGCCUUUGUUACAUCCGCCCUAUCUUUCUCUCCAGAUACAUUUGGAUCUGUUGAUGGUGGUACCAUUUUCGACGACUCACUUUCCCCACACCUCCAUUAUUUACGAUCAAGCAUCAUCGCAAUGAUAAUCAUGUUCCUCGGGGGAAACCCACUUUCUCUACUCUUUGGGCGUAUUGGGGGUGUCAUAGGCACAUUUCUCGUCUCUAGGUUUAUUCAUCACCUCACACUACUCCCCUUUGACCCGUCCUCGGAGAUGUGGCGCAUGAUGCUGCCAUUUGGAAUGAUGGGCACUGGGAUGGUCAUUGAGCGUGCUGUUUCGGGGAAUAAGACAGGUGACUGGAUGGGAUGGAUGUGGACAAUGUGCUGGAUGUUGUUGUGGGGGAAUGUGAUGGUGGAUGGGUGGGCAAAAGCUGGGAUGCUUGGGAGUCUGAGCAUUUUGGAUAGUGCGACGCCUAUAAGGCAACUGAUUGAGUGGCUGUUUGACGAGUAUCUGCAUGCUAUUGGCAGAAAACCAUGA